AUGGCGUCACUGGUCGUGCUUUUUAUUAUUUUCGAAUUUGUGUCGUGCAGUGAAAACAGACGUGAUACAGUUCUUGAUCAUAUUAAUAAUGGUAUUAAAAUUGCAAAGGAUUUUCUCGGUUCCGAGUCUGUAGCAAUGAAAGUUGCAGAUUUUGUAGUUCGAGCAUUCCAAACAAAUCAAAAACAGACACACUUCAGCGGUUCAGGGAGUAGUUUCUCUUCAGAAGAGUCCAGAGAAAAAUACCAAAAUGACGUUAAUGAGGCACCGCAGCUUAUUUCUCCUUGGCGCCAUUUGAUUAAGUUGUUCGGUCUUCAAACAAAUCAAAUAAGUGCGGUGGCAGUAAAUGCACUUAUUUUUAUUGCACAAAUGAUAACAACGUUUUUAUCCGGCCCAAAACAACCAAGUCGCCAGCGCUCUAAUGAUUUCUCUUCUUACAUAUUAGAAAAAAACUCAAAACAUCUUCAAGAUCUUAUAGCUGCUGCAAAAAACGAAUCUCUCUCAGAUUCACUAAAAGACCUUUUGAAUGAACCACAGGAGGACACUUCAUGUAUAAAAUUACUGUUUUGCAAAAUAACUCCAUUUGUUCGAAAAAUGCAGGAAACAGUUUUUGGCGAGGAAGUACCAAAAAAUGAAUUGCGGGGAUCAGCCGUUUUUUACCGCCACCUACCGUCGCAAGAUGAAAUUAAAGUAAAAAGCGACAUCUGUGAACAGCGAUACAAGGAGUGUGAUUUGCAUGAAUAA